CCUCUUCGAUCACAACCUAUCGCCAUCAGCAUCGAGACCAAAGUUGUGGAUGGCUCAGUUGAGGAAGCCAAGGCUCAGCUCUCGAUUUGGGUAUCAUCACAUCUCAAACGGUUGCGCACAUUGUCAAGCACAUCGCAGACGCGUAUGGAACUCAAUACUACUCUCCCGGUUAUUCAGGUCAACGGAAGUGUGUGGACGCUGCUCUUCCUCAUCGAUGGAGAGGAGGUGGUACAGCUCGUGGAGACGGUUACGAUUGGGGAUACGAGAAGUGUGGUUGGUUGUUACCAGGUUGUGGCCUUUUUGCGGCAUCUAGGGAAAUGGGCUUUGACCAUCUUUCAGCCGUGGCUA